GCAACGAGACGCUAAGAAUCAACGCCGGAAGAAGUGCCACGGCCGUUUGGAAAGCCGCCGGGUUCUUUUUUACUGUUGCACUCUCUGCGCCAGACCCAAUUUUCGGCCUAGAAGAGAGGCGCCGAACGACUAGCGAAUGCCACACUCGGCUGCCUGCGCGGGUGCUGCUGGUGCUACAUAAAAAGGGCCGCUGGUCCCGCGCUCACAUCCAUUGCGGCAGAUUAAUUGAAGUACUCAAAGAAAGUUAGUACGUGGCAUAGACAUAUACACAUAUACUACCUGGUCAACGCCCCAAUGUCAGAUAAAGCUCCCUCAGAUAUGGCCGCCAAAGCAGCCCAUCACGAGGGAUGGGAUGUCGCGCAAGGCACUGUCCAGCGUGCCAAGAUGUCCCGGACAGUGCUUUUCAAGAUGGACACGAGGCUGCUGCCGGUGCUGGCGCUUCUCUUUCUCUGCUCGUUCCUGGACAGGACAAACGUGGGCAACGCCAAGAUUCUGGGGCUCGAGAAGGACUUAAAUAUCGACGAUGACCAGUAUACACAUGGGCUGGCAGUAUAUUAUGCUACGUAUAUCGCUAGUGAACUCCCGAGCAAUCUUGUUCUGAAAAAGCUUUCAGCAAAGCUUUGGUUACCUGUUUUGACCGUCACCUGGGGCAUCAUUACUGUGGCCCUUGGCUUUGUCCGUGGCUAUGGCAGCUUCAUUGCCGUGCGAGCCCUGCUUGGGUUCGCCGAGGGCGGCUUGGUCCCCGGCAUGAUUCUGUAUCUGACGACGUUUUAUAGCCGUGGAGAAUUGGCGCUGCGCUUUGGUCUGUUUUAUACGGCCGCCUCGCUCUCCGGUGCCUUUGGCGGUCUCCUUGCUAGAGGUCUUUCAGCUAUUGGACCGGCUGGCGGGAUAGCGGGCUGGCGCUGGAUCCUCAUCAUGGAGGGCAUCAUUACUGUCGUUGUUGGUGUCGGGUCGUAUUUUAUGCUGCCGUUGGAGCCUGGAACAGCGCACUUUCUCACCCCCGAGGAACGCGCAUGGGCUGUCCAGCGUCUGGAAGACGAUGCUGGCGGACGAUUCAGCCGCAAAAAGGAACGUGAGGAGGCGUUUAGUUGGUCCGAAGUCCGCCGCGGCGUGUUUAAUAUCCAGGUAUGGCUAAGCUCAACGGCCUACUUUGCCAUCCUGUCUGGGCUAUACUCGUUUGGCCUCUUUCUCCCUACUAUUGUCAAUGAGAUGCGCAUUGCGCCCAACGCCAACCUGGCCCAGCUGUGGACCGUCAUCCCAUAUGCUGUGGCCACGCCCAUUACCGUCCUCGUUGCCCUUUUAUCAGACAAGCUCCGCAUGCGCGGCCCCAUUGUGCUGGGUGUCCUUCCCAUUGCUAUUGCAGGCUAUGCGACUAUUGCCAAUGUCCCGUCUCCAUCUGUCCGUUUCGGCAUGACCUGCCUCAUGGCGAUUGGCAUGUACUGCGCCGUCCCGCCCAUUCUCGUGUGGAACGCAAACAACUCUGCCGGCCACUACAAGCGCGCCACGACGUCGGCGCUGCAGCUGGCUGUCGCCAAUACCGGCGGAUUUGUAUCGAGUAAGCCCGUGCGUUGUGGAUAUGUUGUGUUCUGCGCUGACUCGAGAUAGCCUUUGUGUAUCCAGCCCGUGAUGGGCCAUACUUUCACCGCGGACAUACCAUCAUUCUAGGACUUUUAUGCUAUGCAUGGGUAGCGUAAGGCCCCUUUAACUUACCCGAUGAAAAUUAAACCAUUUGCUAACCGAAAUAGAAUCUUGGCCAACGUGCUUUGGUGCGCAAAGAUUAACCGCGACAAGAAGAACGGCAAGUAUAGUAAAUAUGAUGGCUGCGGCGACGAUCGCGACCCGGGGUUUAUGAUGAUGAUUUAGAAUAAUAUCUUUAAUAUAUGAGUGACUUUUAGCGAGUUAAGUUAUAUAUAAAUCGUUGUUAGUAAAUGUGCAGUCAUUGGUACAAAGAAUACCUUGGCGUUGUGAAGUUUGGUCCGUGAGGCUAUGUUUAUAGUGCAAAUUAAUUGACAGGACAGUAAGCUCGGGUGACGCAGUGGUUAGCGUGCGAGAUUGCAGAUCUUGAAGUCGCUGGUUCGAAUCCGGCUCCGAGCUUGACUUCAUUUUUUGCCAAAUACCACCACUGAAAAGUGGCUUGCUGGUGAAAAAUUUUGCUUCUUUUUUUGGCAGUUAAUUUCGAGUAUGUUUAUAUAUUUAAGUGUUGUUUUUUCUUUCCGGACAAUAUUCACUUUAAUGACUUUAAGGUCCCCUAUUUUGCAAUGGCUUUGGAAUUGUCUGCGUCUGCCUGCUUCUCCGCACCGAUCUCCGCAAGGCUCAAUCAGGCCAAGUACCGAGACUGAACAGGGCCAACACCAGGGCGCGACGAAUACAGCCUCGUUUAUUGUAACGGAGAGCUGUGUGCGUAUAAGCCAUGCACUUUAUGAUCGCAAUACGCAUUUGUAAUAUUUCACAUAAGCCGCCUCCAAGAUUCCAUAGCUUUGCAUUGAUGAGUUCCGCUGCCAUGGCGCAUCCCGCUGAACAGCGGGGUAACCCAGUGACGUCUUUUGGGUCGAUUUCUAAGCAGGCACUCCCCGUGCUUCCGCC